AUGUCAAGCAUCGUGGAACAGUUGCAAGAACAAGAAGAAUAUUUGAGGGAUAUUAAUAAUGGUAUCAAACUAACCAUAACCAAGAUUAAUAAAGAUUCCCUUCUAAAUGAUGUACAAUUCACUAAGAAAUUUCAAGAAGUAUCCUCGCCAGAAUCGUCAUCAACCGUUGAUCCAAUAUCAAAAUUGUCUAUUUCACAGUUGAAUCAUAAAUAUGAAUCAAUAAGUAAAGAUAUUAAGCAAUUGGAAUCGUUGGUAAAAAUCAAUGGACAGUUGAAAGAAAUUGAAUCUUACUUGGAGAAGCCCAAAACAUUGCAAAGUUUACUAGAUUUACAACAAUUGAGUACAUUAUUGAGAAACAUAGAUGUUGAUUCAAAUUCUUCAUUAAUAAUCCAUAAACAAAUAAGUAAGCGAAUUGAGAUGUUGAAAUCAAACUUUUUAACCCAGUUGAAUGAUUAUUUGAGUGUUCUUUUAAUUCCAGACUACUGCACCAUUUUGAAUGUCUCCAUCCUACAUGAGUUUAAUUCUUUUGUUUUAAAGAAUGACUACUCCUUGGAUUGCUACUCAUUAUACAAAACUAAAUGGGAUAAUCUAAUUGAUUUGAUUUUAGACAAAUCUCAAAAGGUGGAUUUGGUUUAUGAUGAGUAUGAAGAUUCAAUGGUUAUGUCAGUUACAGAAUCAACCUCAAAAUAUUUCAUAAAAUCAAUCACUAACUUGAUUAAGUUUAUUAAUGAACUAGAAUAUCCAAUAAUCAAGAAUUUCAUCAAUUCAAAAAUAUCCAAAAACUUGGUUAAUAAAAUAUCAAGCAACAUCAAUGAUAUAAUCAAAGAUCAAACUCAAAUGAAUGAUUUGAAUGAAUUACUUGAAUUUUGCCAUGCUAACAACUGGAAUGUAUUAUCAAGAAUAGAAGGUAAUGGAUCAAUCAAAGAAAAAUUGAACAAAUUAUAUCUUGAUUGGAUCGUUGAUAAUUAUAUUGAAGAGAUUAGACAAGUUUUCAAAUCUGAUGCUAUUGCUCAGAGAGAGACUAUAGAUUUUGACAGUUCAGGUAAAGUUGAAGAGCCAUCACCAGCUAAACAGGAAGAAGAAACAGAUGCAUGGGAUGAUAACUGGGAUGAUGAUUGGGACGUCGAAGAAGAAGAAGAAGAAGAAGCAGGACAGAAUGAUGUGAAAAAAGAUUCAACCAAGAAAUCAGCCGAAGAAGACCAAAUUACAAUAUCUUCUAUUCCUAACAAGUUACUUUCUUGUAUUAAUGACUUCCAGAAGCAUUCACAAGACUUAUCGUAUCUUGUUUCUACAAUUCAAGCAUUGGCAAUAGUUGAGUAUCCUUCACUUGCAAACUCAUUUUUGAUGUUCAAUGAUUUCAGCUACCUAUCUUCAAAGGUCCCAUCAGAAUACUCCAGAGAAUUCCAGCAGUUUAUCAAUUGCAAUUGGAAUCAAGUUUUAAUUAAGUUUUAUCUGGAAUUAAAGAUUAUCUUGAUGUCAUUAAAUUUGGAAAAUGAUAGUGAAGUACAAAGAGAUCCUGAUGAAUUGGAUGAUUAUAACUUAAACCAAUUGAGUUUAAUUUACAAAUGGUUCAAUAUCUUGUUUGAAGAAAAACAAUUGAAGUCAACCAACAUAACUAAAUUCACGAGCUUAGUUAUUGAAUUGAUCCAAUUCGUCAACACUUGGUUGAUUCAAAUGGUAUUAAAUCUUGAAGAUAUCAGUGAACAGCAAACUUACAAAAUCAACCAAAUUAUUGAAAAUAUCAACAAUGUUACUAUUCCAUAUCUUCAGUUGUUAGGUAUUCAAAAGGAUACAUCUAUCGAAUCUUAUAACAAACUUAAAAAUGUCCAGUUUUUAUUGAAUAAUCAUUUGAAGGAUAUAAUUGAAAGGUUUUAUGAAGGUGAAUUCUAUGAUCUUGAAACCCAAGAAUUGGUUCAACUAAUCAAAGCAGUUUUCCUUCAAAGUGAAAUGAGAGAUAAUUACAUUAAUGAAAUAAUUGAAUUUAGAAACAUGAAUUGA